AUGGUGCCUCUCCCGUCCCUCCAGAGUCAGCGAGCAGGGUGGGUAUUGCGGUACGUACCCCUCCCCUGCUUGGUGCGCCUGCGGCCCAGAGCCCACUCAAGUGUGGCCCUUCACGGCUACUGCUGGCGCCAGGAGGCCGAGGAGCCAGGCCGUUUCUUCUCCCAAACUCCCAAAUUCACCACCACUGCCUUUGACGACUCUUCUCUCUUCGUCUUCGUUUCCUAUCACCAUCUCCGUCUCUCAUCCUCUUCGUUCUUCCUCGUUUUCCUUUCCUUUUACCCCCCUUCGCCAUCACCAUCGCCCUCGCCAUCGCCGUCUCCUCAGCCCCUCGCCUUGACGCCCCGUGUCCCUCGGCUGCAGCCCAUCUGCCGUGCCCCCUUUCUCUCCAACUUCGCCAUCGUCUUCGCCUUCGCCCUCCCCGAGCCCCAAUACACCCCCAGACGCCCACCCGACUCGUCUCCAUUCCUCCUCCUUCCGCUCGUGCGCGUUGCGUUGCGUUGCACACCUUCGUCAUUUCCAACGUCUUACCCCGUUGCAUUUGCAUCAGCGUCGUCGCUUGUCGCUGUUCCUUCCAAAUAUCCCGUGACGAUCUCUACCCCCUGGGAGUCUGUCCACAGUCCGUUCUCGAUCCUCAUCGCGCCGAGCCCGUAAUUCUUCCUUCCAUCUCCUCGUCGCUCGCUCGAGACGCCGCCGACCCUCCCAUGUUCUGUCACAACUAGGCCAAGACUCAAGGUGUCUACUCUGACUCUUGAUCUUCGCCCAUCGAUCCCCUUUGCAUCCGUCUUGUAGCGGAGUCGAAAGCCUGCUCGCGGUAACAGCGAACCAAUUCUUCGACACUACCACUCGUUUUUGUCUCAGGUCGCUGGCGUCCUAGGAUCCCAACGACUCUACGAUCGCUUUUCUCCUUCGUCCAAAAUAUAACCAGAAAGAAAAAAUGUUAGUCCUGGCUCAGCCUCAACUC